CGCUUGGUAGAGAAGUUGGUAUAUAAAGCUAAUGCAACCAACGCGCCAGCUACAGUAAAAGAAAUUGAUUUUAAUGAAAAACUUUAACGGAUAAAUUUAAAAUAAAAACGUACAAAUAAAACAAAAUUAAUUUGCAUAGUAAAUAAUGAAGUGAAUACAAGAAAAAAUAAUAAUAAUUACUAAAAGAAAAAAAAUAAAUUAAUUAACUAAUUCAAACAGCUUAAAAAGCUAAAAUAAUUAAAUUCAAAAUGAAGUUCUGUUUAAAAGUGAGUUUUUUAUGUUUGUUAUUUGUGACAGUGAUUGCGACUGAAGAAACUAACUCAACAAUAACAAAGAAAACAAAUAGCAAGGUUGCGGAAAAGCUAUCUUAUCCAAAAAAAGUUAGUUCUAUUAAAAAAAAUCCCUCGAAAACUUCUUUGAAAAAAAUAGCUGACAUAACCGAGAAAUUCAAUGAUCUGCCAGCCGAUGAUUUGGCAUUUAUUAAGGAAUUGGAUAAACAAUUUAAACUGCACGGUGGAAAAGUUAAAAUUAAAGUAGAAAAUAAAAAUGUCACCGAAUCAAAAAAUAGCAAAAGAACUAUAGAUGGAGAGUUGGGCUAUGGUUAUGCUCACAAUGGUUAUCAGUACAAUCCUCCCAAGUUCAUGUUUUAUCCAUAUUCCCAACAAAAUAUUGGCAAUAAGGCACCCAGUUACUUCCUAACAGGAGAUGGAAAAACUGAAGUGUCAAUAGAACCAUCAUAUUCAUACGAAUUGAAGACGCAAUCCUAUAUCACACAGAGUGGACCACAGAUAGAUGUACCUAAACCAGAACUUCAGCAACAAACGGAUCAUUUCCAGACACAACAGCACCAUGGCCAACAACAGCAUCAGUAUGAAGAACCAGUUAUUGUAUUGCGUAUACCAGGACCAGCUAAAUAUGCCACACAUUUGCAAAUGCUUUUGCAAAAAUAUUUAGAAAUAAGAGCCGCACAAUACUUGCGCAUCUUAGAAGAAGCAGAACAAAGAAACAAUCAGCAACAUCAGCUUCAACAAUUGGAUUACGGACAUGGAAAUACUGCAAUCAAUGAUGGUCAGGAAGAACUUGUUGAACACCAUCAAUCCCAUGUUCAAAUACCAGAGCAAAAUGAUUAUCAACAGCAAGUACAAUAUGAUCACCAAAUUGCUGUUACACCUCAACCAGUUCAAUACCCAGAAAUAGAUAAUGUCUACCAGAACUAUAAGCACAGACAUUCUUCACAACCCGAACAACCGUUACAAGAACAGCAGUCUUAUUAUCCCCCACAACAAGGUGGAGAAGAACAGCAGGCACCUCAGUAUCAACAUCAAAUACAAUAUCAGCCACAAGAACAACACCAAUACCAACAUCAGCCUCAAUAUCAGCAACAGGCACAAGAACAACCCCAGUUUUAUUACACUCACCAACAACAAUAUGCUCAACCUGAAGGCCCGCCAGCCAACACAUAUCAGCAUGUGUAUUUAAUGUCCAUGAUGCCCCAGGGACAUUCCGAUUAUGAAGCAUCUCAGGCUCAACCCGAAACACAACAACCUAUUUAUGUUCAAGAACAAACAAAUCAAAAUGAACACUCAUCAACAUUACCUGUAGCUGAAAAUAAUCCACGACCAUCACACACUAAGGUUGUUUUUACAAACAAAAAUGAUAACUCCGCUCAAGAUUACCAAAUGUACCAGUUACCUUCCAUAAAACCUAAUGAUAGACACACAGCCGCAUCAGUGCCAGAUUAUCAUCAAGAUUUCCAGCAACAAAAUCAGUAUCAAAAUUUACAAGAAAAUCAGAACCAACAGGAAAGUUCAACCAACUACCAGCAACAUUAUAACAAUGCGGAGCCGGCUAACCCCGAAGCAGCGCCCGUCACACAAAGACCAUAUAAUUACCAUGCCCAUAGCGUUAAAGCUCGAGCAAGAGGACGGACAGCACAUACAAGAAGAGCAGCUUCGGCAAAAGAGGCUGAAAAUGGACUACAAAAAAUACGCGAAUUCGUACGCGAAAAAUUAGGUGCCGAAACCGGUAGUGCUGUAGAAUUUAAAACAACUCAAGUGAUAGAUGGUUGAACUGUGGAUAGACUAAAUUAAAAUGGCGAGAAACCCAAAAAUAACGAUAGUGUUGGUCUAAAUAUAAAAUGGUACUGAUUUUUUAUAUCAUAUAAGUGUCUAAACAUACAUAUUUUUUAAUAAGUUUUGCGUUGUUUUUAAUUUAAUUUUGUUUUUAUGUAUAUUUUGUGUUUAUUUUUUAUAUACUUAUGAAUCUAUUAUACAAUCUUGAAUCUCAAUAUUUAAACUCAUUUUCUUAUAAAUUCUCUAUUGUUAUAGAUAACUGCUAACAAUAUACAUACGUUGUUCUCUAAGCAAAUUAACAAAUAGACUACUUAAUGAGUUUCAAAACGAUUCUAAUAAGGCAAAGAAAAGGGUUUAAUAUCUUAAUAAACAUUUCAAUUGUUAUUCAUUAAAAUUAAUCCAUUCAUUUUAUAUUCUGCAAUUAUAAUUGAAAUCAAUUCUCACACUUCAUUUCAGUUGAAAAUAGGUUUAAUAUUAAAAAAAUUUUAAAAGAAAUGUAUUAAAAUGUGCAAUAUUUUAUUAUAAGACUCUUCAUUAUAUACAUACGUAGUACAUAUGUAUUUAUUUGAAGUAAUUCAAAAAGACUUCAAAAAUACGAAAAAUUUCAUAAAUUAAAUUGUAUCUGGUUCUUGAUGAACUACAAAUUUAAUGAUUAUAUUUAAAUAAAAUCUAACCAAA